ACAUUGAGCAUCGCGACAAAGAAGCCUCGUACAGCGGUGACAGCAACACUUGACCCAAUUGCUGCUGCAGCACAACACGUCAGACUUCUUCGAUAGCGAUAGCACGACUGCGUUCAAGGCCAGUUCACAAUGGUUCACAAGGUCCUCGUCUGGGGCGGGCUCGGCAUUGCCGCGCGACUAUGGCAGCUGGGCAUUGAGAUGCGCCCGCUCUUCAACAAGGAGUCUAUCUGGGUCUACCCCAUCUAUGCCGGCAUUGGUGGCAGCUUCGGCUACUGGCUCACAGGUGUGGAGCAACGACAAUUCAGGCUCCUGGCCGAUCGACGAGACGCCCUACUUGAGAAACGAGCACGGAGGAAGGAACGCGAGGAGGCUGCUGGAAACUCAUAGAGGCACAUCGCUAGUAAAGGCACAGUGAAGGAGCGUGAGGAGGGGUAGUGCGGAGACGAGGGCUAAUUCGCCCAAAUCCAUGUCCAAAGAUUCAUCACAGGUGUCGUCUGCAUUGGUCCUAUCUCACGAUGCAGACACUACUCGUGAUGAGGCAACAUCGGGCAUGGGCGUUGAUGAGCCAAGAGUGUGCGUUGGAAUCACUCUUCUAUCAUGUCCGAACUGGAGACUCGUUUGUACAAAUCCUUCAAAUUUGAACUUUUGCAAAUGCAACAAAUAUAAGACAUCCAUAUUCA